CACGCCCACUCCCUGCCUUUCGGAGCUGGAGUGAGCUGCUCCCUCCGGCUGGCGGGCUCAGAUCCUAAGCCGGAGCCUAGCGACGUGCCCACCAGGGAUCAUGGGUUCCAUGUUCCGGAGUGAAGAAGUGGCCUUGGUCCAGCUCCUGCUGCCCACAGCGGCUGCUUACACCUGCGUAAGCCAGCUGGGCGAGCUGGGCCUUGUGGAGUUCAGAGACCUCAACGCAUCUGUGAGCGCCUUCCAGAGGCGCUUCGUGGUAGAUGUCCGGCGCUGCGAGGAGCUGGAGAAGACCUUCACCUUCUUGAAGGAAGAAGUACAGCGGGCUGGUCUAACACUGCCCCCACCUGAGGGGGCACUGCCAGCACCACCUCCCCGAGAGCUGCUUCGCAUCCAGGAGGAGACAGACCGCCUGGCCCAGGAGCUUCGGGAUGUUCGAGGCAACCAACAGGCACUGCGGGCCCAGCUGCACCAGCUGCAGCUCCAUUCAGCCGUGCUGGACCAGAGCCACGGACCCCCGAUGGCGGCUGCCCACACGGAGGGACCCUCCUCUGAGAGAACACCCCUGCUUCCAACCGCUCGGGGGCCACAUGCAGACCUGAAGGUCAACUUUGUGGCAGGUGCUGUGGAGCCCUACAAGGCUGCUGCCCUUGAGCGCCUGCUCUGGAGAGCCUGCCGCGGCUUCCUCAUUGCCAGCUUUAGGGAGACGGAGGGGCAGCUGGAGGACCCUGUGACAGGUGAGCCUGCAACUUGGAUGACCUUUGUCAUCUCCUACUGGGGUGAGCAGAUUGGACAGAAGAUUCGAAAGAUCACCGACUGCUUCCACUGUCAUGUCUUCCCUUACCUGGAGCAAGAAGAAGCCCGGCGCGGGGUCUUGCAGCAGCUGCAGCAGCAGAGCCAGGAGCUUCAGGAGGUUCUGGGAGAAACGGAACGAUUCCUGAGCCAGGUGUUGGGCCGGGUGCAGCAGCUGCUCCCACCAGGGCAGGUGCAGAUCCGCAAGAUGAAGGCCGUGUACUUGGCCCUCAAUCAGUGCAGUGUGAGCACCACACACAAGUGCCUCAUUGCAGAGGUCUGGUGUGCCACGCGGGACCUGCCCACCCUCCAGCAGGCGCUACAGGAUGGCUCAAGCGAGGAAGGAGUGAGUGCUGUUGCUCAUCGCAUACCCUGCCGGGACAUGCCUCCAACACUUGUGCGGACCAACCGCUUCACCGCUAGCUUCCAGGGCAUCGUGGAUGCCUAUGGUGUGGGCCGCUACCGAGAAGUCAACCCUGCUCCCUACACCAUCAUCACCUUCCCCUUUCUCUUUGCUGUGAUGUUUGGUGAUGUGGGUCACGGACUGCUCAUGUUUCUCUUUGCCCUGGCCAUGGUCCUCACUGAGAACCGGCCAUCUGUGAAAGCUGCACAAAAUGAGAUCUGGCAGACCUUCUUUGGAGGUCGCUACUUACUCCUGCUCAUGGGUCUGUUCUCUGUCUACACUGGCUUCAUCUACAAUGAGUGCUUCAGCCGUGCCACUACCAUCUUCCCCUCGGGCUGGAGUGUGGCUGCCAUGGCUAACCAGUCAGGCUGGAGUGACAAGUAUCUGUCCCAGCACCCCAUGCUCACCCUGAACCCCAACAUCACCGGUGUCUUCCUGGGACCUUAUCCCUUUGGCAUUGACCCGAUCUGGAGCCUGGCCACCAACCACCUGAGCUUCCUCAACUCCUUCAAGAUGAAGAUGUCUGUCAUCCUCGGAGUCACCCACAUGGCCUUUGGGGUGUUCCUCGGUAUCUUCAACCACAUGCACUUUGGCCAGGCACACCGGCUCCUGCUGGAGACCCUACCUGAACUCAUCUUCCUGCUGGGCCUCUUUGGCUACCUUGUGUUCCUCAUUGUCUACAAGUGGCUGAGGGAAUCAGCUGCCAGUGCCUCCACAGCUCCCAGUAUCCUCAUCCACUUUAUCAAUAUGUUCCUGUUCGCCCAGAGCCCCACCAAUCAGCCACUCUUCCAUGGGCAGGAAGUGGUACAGUAUGUGCUGGUGGUCCUGGCUUUGGCAACAGUUCCUAUCCUGCUGCUGGGCACACCCUUGUACCUGCUGCGGCAGCACCGCCGCAGAAAUACUCAGAGAAGGCCAGCGGGCAGAGAGGACAAGGACAGUGACAAGCUUCUGGCCUCCUCUGAUGCUUCUUCCACCUCGGUGAAUAGCUGGAAUGCUGAUGAAGAGAAGGCUGGGAUCCCAGGGGAUGAGGAGGAAGCUGAGUUUGUCCCAUCUGAGGUCUUCAUGCACCAGGCCAUUCACACCAUUGAGUUCUGCCUGGGCUGCAUCUCCAACACAGCCUCCUACUUGCGUCUCUGGGCCCUGAGCCUAGCCCAUGCCCAGCUCUCUGAGGUCCUGUGGGCCAUGGUCAUGCGCAUAGGCCUGGGCAUGGGUCGAGAGAUGGGUAUGGCAGCUGUGGUGCUGGUCCCUGUGUUUGCUGCCUUUGCUGUUCUGACUGUGGCCAUCUUGCUAGUGAUGGAGGGGCUCUCAGCCUUCCUACAUGCUCUGCGGUUGCAUUGGGUGGAGUUCCAGAACAAGUUCUACUCAGGUACCGGCUACAAGCUCAGCCCCUUCACCUUCACUGUGGACAAUGAGUAGCAUCUACUAUGAUUCCUGCCUCCCCAGAUCAAGAAAGAAAUAAAGAACUGGCUGGCC